AUGCAUCCUGCCUUAAAUUAUCGACAGUCUCGAAGGUCGGCCUGUGAUCGUUGUCGCGGAUUUAAGCUACGCUGUGAACGUGAUCAAGUUGAUGGCAGGUCUUGCGAAAGAUGUCUCAAAGCUCAGGUUAUCUGCACGACGAGUAUAAAUCAUCCUUCCAACAGCUAUGGCUCUUCAAAAUCUGGGUCUCGGUCUCUUUCUGCCGAUUUUGAUCCCAGGUUUUUGACCUCAGAUCGAUGGUCAAUGCCGAUUCUCCACAAAUCUUCCAACUUGAAAGUUAAGAAGCCUAUGCCCACUGGAGGCUUUCGAAAACAUGAGAAUCAAAGAUAUAACAGCUGGCCGUGUUCGGACUCUUUAUAUUCCUGGACACCCGGGGCAUUUCCCCCUUUGGAAGGGGAUCUUGGCAUUCAGAUGGCCUCGUGUCCUGCUCCGUCGUUUUCAUUCGAUCGGUGGGGAGAGCAACAGUCGCAGUGGGCUGGAAAUACCUAUCCGGUUGUUUCGACUGAAAACUUUUCUCUCAAACUCGAUCAUUGCCUUGAUAAUCAGCUGUCAGCUUCAGGCACACUCAUGUCGCAACCAUCCUAUCUUCAUGAUGUUCCCCAUAUCAAUACAGAAAGUGCUAUACCUCCUCAGUCUCUCACUCUGUUGAGCUCAAAUUCUCUUCCCGUCACAGACGACAGUUGGAUGUCUUCAUGGCCGCGAAUAACCGAGAUCACCGAGGAGGAUAAAGAGCAAAUAGAGUCCUUUAUGGAUUGGAUGCCAACAACAUGCUAUGAUUUGCGCAAGAAAAUUCUCAAGCUAAAUAUGGAGCUCACGGACGAUCUGGAGCGCUUGGAAAUGGAUAGUGGAAUUUUCAGGUUCUCGCCUCUACUCGGUAGCGAUAUCGCGCCUUCAAUUGAAAAACUGGAUCUUCCGGUUUUUCGUACACUCAACUACUCUACUAAGUUUCUCGGGUUGCUCCGGUCAUUGAAAUCUACACCGCAAACCUCGACCCAUAUUGUGCCCAGCAUAGAGCUACCUCAGACAGACCUAGGUGCUUUUGACGAUACAAGGCUUCUUUCUUUGGACUCUCUGGAUAACAAUUUAGAGGAUGGAGCUGCCACAGCCUCUUCUCAUGAUUCAGGGUAUCAUACAAUGGCCACUUCUCCUUCAGACCAAGGAAGAAGUGUAGUCUUGCAUAAAUGCGAUCUCUCGACAUCUUUGAGCAUGCUCACAGCAUACCUUCAGCUCAUCCGUCUCUACCAAAUAAUCUUCAAUCGACUCUAUCAGUUCUUUCUCAUUACUCCACCCGAUGCAAUAUUAUUUUUGGCUCUUCCAAGUAUACAAUUUGGCCAAUUUCAUAUGAACGGAAAUUUGGCCAUGCAAAUGCAAUCCUUAGUUGACUUCAGUUCUAAUAUAUUGGCAAAACUUGAGCAAGCUCUAGGUUUGUCUUCUGGUUUGCCUCGAGGCAUGGAAGGGAACGCGAACCCUAUGGCCACCGUUCUAGGGAAUGGGGUCUUGACCUCAGUCCAAGACCAUAUCAUGGCGCAGGAGCAUAUGGAAUGUGGUAUGUCAUUGAAGGAGACCAUGAAUUGUCUGCGAAAGUUUGCGAUGGACUCAGUAUGUGCAUGA